AUGUAUGACCUGAGGGUUGUUAUCCCGUCCCCCUUUCGGGUACCCGUGCUCGAAGAACUGCACCUAGGCCAUCCCGGUAUUGUGCGGAGUAAGGAGUUAGCUCGCAGCUACGUGUGGUGGCCAGGCUCACCCAAGUGGGUUCGUGGAACUGUGCUAAAGAAGACUGGACCAGUCUCAUAUAAUGUCACAGUAACUACACCCCAAGGCAAGCUCAUCUGGCGCCGACAUCUCGACCAGCUGCUGGCAGGCGCGGGCACUGUGGCGACACUAAGGGCAUCCGACCGAGACCUCACGGAGGGGUUCCUGGCCCUCCCUGAAAGCCAGGCUGGUGACCAGACAACGUCAGAAGAGCUGGUGCCCGUGGAGUCUGGACCUCCAGCGCCCGCUCCUCCAUCGGAGACACCAGUACCGUAA